AUGGCCAUCGUAGGAAAGCUGCUGGUAAUGAGCUUAUGUAUGAUUCUAUGGAAGCUUUCUUUCGGUAUUGAUCCGCAAGACGCUUCGGUUCUUAGGUCACUGAAAGACCAAUGGGCGAAUACGCCACGAGGUUGGAAUGUUUCUGUUGAUCCUUGUUCUUGGGAAGGAGUUCUCUGCAGUGCGCGCCUGUCAGGAAUGAAUAUAUCUGGAAAUCUGGAUGACAGCAUUGCCCAACUCACUGAAUUGAGAACCUUAGACCUGUCAUCUACCCGUCUCACAGGUUCCAUACCCCGUGGGCUUGGUGAUUUGCCUAUGCUGGAAAACUUAUUCCUUGAUGGAUGUGGCUUCAGUGGAGAAAUACCAGAUGAACUGGGAAACCUUGUGAAGUUGUGUAUGCUAGAUCUCAGCUCGAAUAAUUUAUCUGGCGAAAUACCACCAUCUUUGGGAACUUUGCAGACACUGAAGAUUCUACGAUUAGACACUAAUGCCUUCAGCGGUGAACUGCCAAAUCUCAACAGCCUGAAAAACCUCCGGGGAAUCUCCAUAAGGAAUAAUUUCUUCUCUGGAUCUUUACCUGACUUAACUGGAAAUGACCGCCUCGAAUACCUGGAUUUGAGUUCAAAUUCUUUUCAACCAUCACAUGCUCCAGCCUGGCUCUCAACCUUAAACUCACUUUCCUUUCUGGGCAGUUGCCUCCACAACUUUUCACUUUACCUCAACUCCAAAUGCUGUAAGUCAAAGCUUCUGUACCUGAAGAACAAUGCCUUCAAUGGUACCUUAGAGAUGAGCGGCAACAUAAGCCGAUAUCUUCAGCGCAUUGAUUUGCGCAACAAUGGAAUAUCUUCAGUUGAUUUAAGUUCUGGAUAUGACAGAACAUUACUGUUGAUGGGCAACCCAAUAUGCCAGACUUCACCAAAUGAUGAAGACUACUGCUAG